AUGAAUCUUAUAAAGCUAUGGCGAAGGGGUUCUCUCUUCUCUGAUUUCUCUCAAUUUAACUCGCUUGACCUAUAUCCCUCUCCCUUCAAAACCCUUGCCAUGAUUACGCCCACCAUGAUCACCGUCGAAUCUCUUCCUCAGCUUCUGGCUGAUGACAUUAUGGUCAAGGUCGCUGGAAUUGACAGCGACGGUGUGCUGCGCGGCAAAGUGAUGGCCAAGGAGAAGUUCCUUGGAAUUGCAGAGAAAGGCUUCGGCUUCAGCUCGGCGCUCUUCGGUUGGGAUAUGCACGAUAUGCUUUGGACAACCGAUGCACGAGUUGCACCUCCGGAGUCAGGAUAUGCUGAUUUCCUGGCCAUUCCGGACCUCAACUCCUUCCGCCGUCUCCCGUGGGAAGACAACAUUCCUUUCUUCCUCGUGCGAUUCCUUGAUGACACAACCCCAGUCUCAGCAGACGGAAGAAGUAUGCUGAGGAGUCUGUGCGAUAAGCUUGCAGGAGAGGGUCUUCAUGCUUUGGCUGGAGUUGAGCUUGAAUUUAUGAAUUUCCAGACCCCUUCCGAAGACGGCUACGGCAGUGCAGGCUCAAAACACCCCAAUCUCGCCUCCUUCCUGGAGAAGAACUCCCCCGGUGCUCUCCGGCCCAUCACUGCUGGCAUGUUCUGUUACAGCUCAACGCGACCAGUUGCAAACAAGAAAUAUUUUUAUGACAUCUUCAACACCGCUGCUCAGAUCAAGUGCGGCAUCGAGGGGUGGCACACCGAGGGCGGGCCUGGUGUGUAUGAAGCGGCCCUCAAGGUUUGUGAGAUCAGUGAAAUGGCCGACAAGGUCGCGAUGUUCAAGCUCCUAACCAAGUCUUUGGGGAUGGACCACGGCGUGACCCCAUGCUUCAUGGCUAAGCCCAUGCAAGGCAUGCCGGGAAGCUCCGGUCAUAUCCACGUCUCACUCGCCGACAAGAGUGGGAAGAACCUUUUCGCAAGAGAGACACCCGAGGUUAACCCUCAGUGGUCAGACAUUGCACACCUUUCCGACACGGGAAGGCACUUCCUUGCCGGACUUCUCGAUGCUCUUCCCGAUAUUAUGCCUCUAUUCGCACCAACAGUCAACUCAUACAAACGCCUGGUCGAGAAUUACUGGGCGCCAGUUCACAUCAGCUGGGGACUUGAGGACCGUAUUGCCUCAAUCCGUCUCAUAACACCACCUGUCUGCAAGGCUGGUGCAACUCGCUUCGAAGUCCGCAUUCCUGGAGCUGAUCUCCACCCACACUACGCUUUGAGUGUCAUCCUUGCAGCUGGCUGGAGGGGUGUGCAGAAGAAGCUUGAGAUCAAGGUUCCACCCAUGUCAGCACGCAAAGCGGGCGAACGCCCGGAACUGUUGCCCAAUACCCUGGAUAAAGCCUUAGAUCGAUUCUCGGCCCCCAACAGUAUUGCAAGGGAGAUGCUGAGUGACCAGUUUGUGGAUUUCUUCACUGCGACGAGGCAGCAUGAAUUGGGACUUUGGAGAGAGGCUGUAACUGAUUGGGAGCUCAAGCGGUAUAUCGAAAUUGUGUAA